CGACAAAUUACCACUACCGCCCGUGUUGUGGGAAGUACGGGCAAAAAAAUCCGUCUCCGUAACUUCUGAUGACUAAACAACGGUGUUUCUGUAUAUUGUUAAUUUUUUUCAAUCCAGAAUCUCACACUGAAACCGUUGUAAUUUAAUAUCAACUCAGUUUCAUCUAAUGGAGUUUAAUCUGGGUGACAGUCCGGUCACAUCGCAUUCGUGGAAUGGAAAUAGAAGUCAGAUCGCAGUAAUCCCGAAUAGCAAUGAAGUCCAUAUUUACAAGUAUGAGCCAAACCUUAGCGACUGGACACUGUUAGACAACCUAGAUCAGCACGGACUUCUAAUAACCGGUAUCGAUUGGGCACCUAAUACAAAUCGAAUUGUUACGUGUUCAGCGGACCGCAAUGCGUAUGUAUGGACCAUUGAUGAUAAAGGAAAAUGGAAACCAACUCUUGUAUUAUUAAGAAUCAGUAGAGCCGCAACUUGUGUUAAAUGGUCACCAAAUGAAAAGAAAUUUGCUGUUGGUUCAGGAGCUCAGUUAAUAUCUGUAUGUUAUUUUGAAGUUGAAAAUGAUUGGUGGGUAUCAAAACAUAUUAAAAAACCUAUCCGAUCUACAGUAACUGCAUUAGAUUGGCAUCCCAAUAAUAUGGUGUUAGCUACUGGUACUGCUGAUUUUCGAGUUAGACUGUUUAAUGUACAUAUGAAAGAAGUUGACCAGUGUCAAAAAGUUAAAACUGCUUGGGAUAGUGAUGAUACAUCAGUGCCAAAUUUAGUUGCAGAGUUUACCAAUUCUUCUAGAGGAGGUGGAUGGAUCCAUGGACUUGCAUUUAAUAAAAAUGGAGACCGAUUAUGUUGGGUGGCUCAUGAUUCAUCUAUAACUGUAGCAGAUGUAUCUAAAGGGAGCAUAUUUGUAAAUAAAUUAAAAACAAAUGAGUUACCUUUCAUUAGCUGUAUUUGGGUUACAGAUAGAGCAAUUGUUGCUGCAGGCCAUGGAUGCUGUCCUAUGUUAUACUGCAUUGACACUAAUAACAAAGUGCAAUUUGUUUCUAAGAUAGAUUGUUCUCAAAAAAAAGAAGCUGCCGGCUUGAGUGCAAUGAGGAAAUUUCAAAGUUUAGAUCGACAAGCACGAAUUAACAGUGACUAUGAACUUGAUACUAAACAUCAGAAUACAUUAACUUGUUUGCGUAUUCAUUCUGAAUCAAAUGAUACAGUCACAAAGUUUACAAGUAGUGGUUUGGAUGGUAAAAUAAUAUUAUGGGAACUCAAUAGUUUAGAUAAAUUGCUUCAAGGUUUAAAAAUUUAGCCUGAUGAAACGACUAUUGUAUGUACAUAAAUUUAUUUGAUUUCAAUAAUUACUUUACUGUUACUAA